CAGGCUCGUAGAUAAUACAUGUACUUGACGCCGCACCGCAGCCUCUGGCUCAGGUAGACGGACCCACCGCUGCACCGAGUCUCCUCCCAGCCCAUCCCCACAAGCCAAUCAGAAUGGAGAUGAACAGCACGGCCACCAUCUUGUCCUCUGCCUUCCUGGCCGUGGAAUAUGUUGACGCUGUCUUACCUGAAAACCCUCUACAGCCUUCACUACAAUACGCCUGGGGGUAUGUGAAUGAGAACUACACUAAAUUCCAGAUCGCCACCUGGGGUUCUCUCAUCGUCCAUGAGGCCAUCUACUUCCUGUUUUGUCUACCUGGUUUCCUGUUUCAGUUCCUUCCCUUCAUGCAGAAGUACAAGAUCCAACCGGACAAGCCAGAGACGUGGGAGAAACAGUGGAAGUGUUUCAAGAUGCUUCUGUUCAAUCACUUCUGUAUUCAGCUGCCCAUGAUCUGUGGGACGUACCACUUCACUGAGUUCUUCAGCAUCCCCUACGACUGGGACAGCAUGCCACGAUGGCCCUACCUGCUAGCUCAGUGUCUAGGCUGUGCUGUGAUAGAGGACACCUGGCACUAUUUCCUCCAUCGCCUGCUGCAUCACCGCAGCAUCUACAAGUACAUCCACAAAGUGCACCACGAGUUCACUUCUCCAUUUGGCAUGCAGGCAGAGUACGCCCACCCAGCUGAGACAGUGAUCCUGGGGUCUGGGUUCUUCAUCGGCAUCAUGGUGUUCUGUAACCACGUCACGUUACUGUGGGCAUGGGUCGCCUUCCGUCUGCUGGAGACCAUCGACGUACACAGUGGGUAUGACAUCCCUCUCAACCCUCUCCACCUGAUCCCGUUCUAUGCCGGAGCUCGUUUCCAUGACUUCCACCAUAUGAACUUUGUAGGGAACUACGCCUCAACCUUUACCUGGUGGGACAAGAUACUCCACACGGACUCCCAGUACAACAGACACCUGAUGAGCAAGAAGGAUCAGUAAACACACACGGACGCAGGCAUACAGACGCUCACGCAGACAGACACACACACACACAAACACGUGCACUUAUGAAUGCACGCUUACACACACACUUCAUGAAGUGUCAGAACUGGACUCCUGAGUGUGCAGUGCCUUGUGGGAAAAGAACACACUAAAAUAGAGUAGAACACUCUUGACCAAUAACAUCAAGCCUUGUUUGGUCUUGACCAAUAACAUCAGCCCUUGUUUGGUCUUGAUCAAUAACAUUCAGGGUUGGGGUCAAUUCCAUUUAAAUUCCAGUCAAUUCAGGAAGUACACAAACAUUUCAAUUCCAAUUCUCUUCAAUUCUUUUCAAUUAGGAACAUUUAGAAUUUGAAUUGGAGUUUGGUUCACUUUUUGAAUUGACUGGAAUUUAAAUUGACCCCAACCCUGAUAACAUUAGGCAUCUUUGGGGAUUGAGGCUGAGUUUCUGUAUAAGCACUUUGGGACAUCUGCUGAAGCUUUCUAAAUAUAUUUGAUUGAUUUAUUGUCUGGUAUUGACUCUUGACCAAUAGCAUCAGGCCGUUGUUCCUGAAUAAAAACAUUAUUCUGGUGAGAUUAUUAUUAAUCAUGUAUUUUUCUUCACUGUUCAUUGUAAUUAAACCUUUUUUUACAAGUUGGA